UUCUUUUUUUUUCAUUUACCGCUACUUUUGUUAAUCGGUUGACUUCUCCGUUAUACUUUUGUUAUUAACGACGUUAAAUAGUACUUACCUGCAACAGCUGCAACUUUCUAUACGUUAUCGUGCGGAAUUUGUAAAGAGUUAUUUACCUAACGACCAUGUCUGGAUUUAAUCCGUAUGGGAACCCACCCCAGUACCCUCCGCCCCAGAGCCAGAUAUACCCACAGCUAUACAACCCCACCAAUGCUCCAGUGCCCGGGCAACAAGCCCCACAACCAGCUCAACCAUACCCAUAUCAGCCGGGCUUUGCAUAUGCAUACCCUGGACAACCUGGAAUGGUGCCGUCUGGCCCUGGCAUAGCCCCAACUCCUCCAUACCCUGGACAGAUGGCAACUGCACCUUCAGCACCUGCAGCUUUCUCAUAUGCCGGCUUUCCUAAUGUCACUCCACAACAAGGAUAUGGGCCGGCCAUUGAAUGGAUUCCAUCGUCCACUGGAGACGCAGCCACCCUAAGUGACAGAGCUGUGGUGGCGGGGUACGAGGGAUCCGACGGCAGUCCUCUGUGGGUGAUCAGGGCGCGUUUCGAAGGAGACCUGAUCCCCGGCAAGUUCGCUGCUAAGCACCGUGCGGCUUAUGUGCCUUGGGGGAGCAAUGAAAACUCUGUUGAUCGUUUUGAGGUGUGCUGCGCGCGUCCGGAGAGGAUCCGCUGGGUCCCGAGCCGCGACGGCGCCGCGCCGCCCAACGCCGUGGUGGCCGGGAACACGGCUGCCGGCGAGCCGCUCUACGUCGGCCGCGCCAAGCACGAGGGCUCGCUCACGCCGGGCAAGGUUCAUCCUUCGCACAAAAGUAUGUACAUUUCCUAUGGCGGUAAAGAAAUACCCCAUAACACCUACGAGGUAUUGUGUACUAUUUGAAUAUGCUUCGAACAUACCAUCAGACCCUCCAACUUUGCCCAAGACGUUAUUCAAUAUUCAAGUUAAAAUAAUACUAAUCAAAUUCAUAAUUUAGAU